AUCUGUACAUCUUAGGCUUCCGCCUAACCGCUUUUCAGCAAUAACAAUGGCCGCAUGUCGGAGAUUGCUGUUGCAAUGUGACUGGGAUGUAUGUCUCAGAGAAAAUCAUGGAAGAGCAUGGGUUGCACUUCAAGAUCUCUCAGAAACUUCAGCCAACCCUACAAUUAGAGGUCAGUUGGUUACACAAAGUAUUGCUGCCCCUGGUCUUCCCAAUGUCGUUGGCAGUAAUGGUUUUUCUGUCAAGAGAAUUCAAGGGCAAAGAAUUGAUAUUAGUUACUGUGAUGAAUGCUCAAGUCAACCUUCUAAUUUUAUGACAUUCCUAAGUCCUUUGAAGACUUUUCCUGCUAUCCAUGAUCCAAACAAAUCUUUGUUAGGUCUAGAUGUAAGCACUGGUGGUCUGGGAGUUUCUUCUUCUACAGAUGGAACUUUGAAAGUAUGGCAGAUAGACACUGGAGAAGUCAGACGCAACUUAACAGGCCAUGUUGGUGAGGUCAACACGUGUCGUUUAUUCCCAUCAGGAAUUGUUGUUUUGAGUGGCAGUGCAGAUAUGCAACUGAAAGUUUGGGCUGCUGACACUGGCAAAUGUGCUGCAACCUUUGUUGGUCAUAAGUCAGGUGUGUUGGAUACAGCAAUUGUAGAACGAGGCCGAAAUAUUGUAUCCUGUAGCAGUGAUGGCACAGCCAAACUCUGGGAUUGCAGCCAACAAGUUUGUCUUGGUACAUUUCAAGGGAUGGCUGGUUCUGUUAACAGUUGUGCCAUUGGUGUGACCGACAAUCCCAUACAGCUAGGGCAAUGUAACCAACCUCCUGGUGAGAAAGAAGUACUAACUGAAGGUAAAAUGUUGCUGAUGGCCUGUGAAAGCAACAGUUUGCUUUCUUAUGGACUACAGACUCGUAAAAAGAUUUUUCACUAUAAAUGUUCUGAUGCUGUCAACUGCUGUGCAUUCCUGUCAGGAACAAUGGUUGUCUGUGGAGCACAAAAUGGCAUGCUUGACAUUAUUGAUCUUCGAAACUACAAUGUUUCCUUCAAAGAACUGAAAGUUACCAAUUCAGCAAUUACUUCAAUUCUCCCAUACAAAGAAGGAUUUUUGGUUAGCUCACGUGAUGGAACCUGUUGCUACGUAAAUAAGCAAUUUAACUCAACACUUAAUCUCUCUGGCCCAGACUGUGACCCUGUGUACCGGAUGGCUUGUGAUAAAACCUUUAUUUUUACUGCAAGUCGAGAUGGCUUUAUAAGGAAAUACAAUCCGAAUUAAUUACCUUACAUCAGCAACUGUAUUCCAAUUGUCUUUAAAUAUUUUUGAUCAAAAAUGUUAUAAUAAAUUCAUUUCGCAUUUAUAAA